AUGAUAAAAUCUUUUUAUCUGAUCCUUGCCUUGGUGCUAGAAAUUAUUAAAGCUGACGAAAUCGACGUCAGAUUUGCGCGUAACUAUUUUGAAGAGCGAGGUAUUCGACAAAUUGCUGCCUUUGGGUGCUGGAAUCCUUACGUUGGCAAAUUGAUGGCCGCUGCACGAGCUGUCAUGCUUCACACGAGCUUGAUAAAAAGUAACCUUCAAACGUUGCUAUUUCAAAAUCCACUGGGUGUCCGUUGGUACUACGGUGCUGCGCAGUUCAUCGGCGACCGGCUGCCCUUCAACGAAUCGUACUUCUGGCUGUUGAAGAUGGCCGAUCGUAGCAAUGAACAGUUGCCCUUGGACUUACUUGACCAACUGCCACUAAGCAUAAACGCCGAAGUCACGGUGGCGAUACGCGGACGUGGUCGUGACAGUCGUCGCUACGAUCUCUAUGACGUUUACAACCCGAGCUACAGGCACGGCGGGAGCUUGAAUAUCACGAAAAUGGGUUAUUGGGACCCGCGUGGUGGUUUGAGGAACCAGUUGACCCAAUACAAGUACAAAAGGCGUGGUGACCUGCGAGGAAUGAACUUGAAUUUCUCUAUCGUGGUAGAUUUUCUUCCAAAUACAGUCGAUCUAAUGACAUAUUUAACAACGCCGAUAAAUAAACACCUUGAUACGAUGCACCGAUAUAAUUAUGCUUUGACGCAACAACUAAGAGACUACUAUAAUUUCACAUUGAACCUGCUACGGGGAACUACAUGGGGUUACCUCAUUAACGGCAGUUUCAAUGGUAUAGUAGGCGAUAUGAUAAACGGCAUUGUAGAUAUUGGUGCAACGCCAUUUCAAUUCAAACCUGAGAGAAUAGAUGUCAUGGAAUAUACGGUUCAAGCUUAUAUGGCUAAAGCAGCUAUAAUUUUCCGGCAUCCAAAACGACAACAGCUGAGCAACAGUUUUCUCGAGCCUUUCUCAAAGCACGUGUGGUGCUUAACUAUUAUUAUAGGAAUACUCAACUGGAUUCUUCUAUACAUAACCAUUAAAGUAGAACAGCAUUUCAUUGGCAAUGCUGCAAAUAAUACUUUACUUACGCAACCGGAGUCCGAGACUUUUCUUAUUACAAGUGCCGCUAUUUGUCAACAAGGUCUAAGCGAUACUCCACGUAUAAAUUCCGGACGAAUUGUUUAUACGUCCUUAUUCCUUUGGGCUAUGCUUCUCUAUCAGUUUUACUCUGCCAGUAUAGUUGGCUCUCUUUUGUCCGAAAAGCCUCGUUUUAUCAGAACUAUAAAGGACCUCGCGGAUAGUCACCUCGAAGUGGGAAUUGAAAAUAUGUCAUAUAAUCAUGAUUUCUUUCGCACGACAUCGGAUAAGAACGUCAUUGACCUUUUCGAGCGUAAAAUAUCAUUAAACAAGAAGCGAAAUAAAUUUCCCUAUUACACGGCAGAGGAAGGCCUUCGAAAAGUUCAGAAAGGUGAUUUCGCCUUCCAAGUGGAUUUAGCAACGGCCUACAAAAUUAUUACCGAUACUUUCAAUGAGGAUGAAAUAUGUGAUUUACAAGAGAUCGAACUAUUUGCACCUAAACAUACAGCUACUUGUACCAGUAAACAUUCACCUUUUAAAAAAAUGAUGACUUACGGAUUGCGACAAACGAUUGAGCAUGGGAUGUCACGACGGUUAAACACCAUUUGGUAUGAAAAGAAACCCGUUUGCCCGGAGAGCCACAAUUCCACUCCAAUUCCUGUGAAUCUGCAAGACUUCAGUCCAGCCCUUAUUAUGAUCACAGCCGCUUAUUUUUUCUCGAUAUGUCUGUUGCUUGUAGAAAAUCUUAUUAAAAAAAUAAUGCACGUAAAAAAAUAACCGUCAGUAUUGUUUUCUUCGUUGCAAUUAGAAUAUUAGUUUAAUUGCAAGCAG